AAUUAUUUGCGGAUUAAAUAAAUCAGAUUCAAUAAAAAUUAUAUCGAAAAACUUUAGUCGACAAUUAGAUAUGCAGUCCAAUUAUUCUUUGUAAGCUUCCAUUAUUCCAGCAAUGAAAUUUAACUUCUAAACGCAUUUUGAAAUACAAAAAAAAGACGAUGCAAUCAUAAUAAGGAACAAAUAUUCCGGUGUGACUCGAGCGCGGGGCAAAAGUGUCGAAAUUUUCUGUCACUCUGACAUAUUUUUGUUAAAGCCGCGUAGGGUUGAUCAAAUUAGAAGUGGAAAUUUCCUAUUCGGAAAUAAUGGGAGAUGCGGCUAACGGAAAAAAAUUAUUCGCUAAAGUUUGCGCAACUUGUCACACCGCUGACAAAGGAGGGAAGCAUAAGAUUGGCCCUAACCUCUUUGGAAUCAUGGGACACACUUGUGGAACGAACGAGAGUUUCAACUAUUCGGAAUCUAUGAAGAAAAAAGGUGUUGUUUGGGAUGAAAAAACAUUGGAUGAGUAUCUUGAGAUACCGAAAAAAAUGGUGCCAGGAACGAAAAUGGUUUUUCCCGGUCUUAAAAAACAAGAAGAACGAAAUGAUAUUAUCGCUUUUCUAAAGACGUUGAAAUGA